UUCCCCAAAAAAGGCUUUUCCUUCUCCAAAAUACAAAAUGAUUGAUUCCCCACUGCAUCUUUUAUUUUUGGGGUCCGCUCACCUAUCUAUCUCUGUCUCUCUGGUACACCUGCCCACCUACACUCCCGAGCGCUCACUCGGUCAUCACUCACAGUAACACGCGCAGUCGCGCACUCAGAGAGAGAGAGAGUGAGAUGGGUUUCCUCACCCACAGAGUUGAAAGAGAACAGAUCAAUGCCGGCGACCAUAUCUACACUUGGAGAGCCGUCUUCACCUACUCCCACCACGGCAUCUAUGUUGGGGGAAGCAAAGUGGUUCAUUUUACAAAUGAACAGCAUUCAAGUCGGAAUCCUCCUCUUAGCUCCUCUCUAACAAGUUCAGUUUCAUCUAGCAGAUUCCCUGCUUCAAGCUCAAAGCACCAGCCGAUAUGUCCAACUUUCCCUGAUUGUGGUUUUCGACAACCUGGGAGUGGGGUUAUCCUCUCUUGCCUGGAUUGCUUCCUUGGUAAUGGAUCACUUUAUCUCUUUGAAUAUGGAGUUGCCUCUUCUGUCUUCCUUACUAAACUACGAGGAGGCACCUGUACUAUUGCCCAAUCUGAUCCGCCAGAAGCAGUAGUGCAUAGAGCCAUGUUUCUCCUUCAAAAUGGGUUCGGAAACUAUGACGUUUUUAAGAAUAAUUGUGAGGAUUUUGCAAUGUAUUGCAAAACAGGUCUUCUGGUGGUUGACAGCACAGGUUUAGGAAGGAGCGGUCAAGCUUCCUCAUUCAUUGGUGCUCCAUUGGCAGCCAUUCUUUCUUCUCCCCUCAAGUUUUUAAUGACCAGUCCUGUGGGUGUGGCUACAGCAACAGCUGGUAUGUACUGCAUGAGCAAAUAUGCUACUGACAUUGGCGUUCGAUCCGAUGUAGUGAAGGUGCAGGUGGAGGACAUGGCUUUGCUCCAUGGCUGGGUCGAACAUUCGGAGGAAUUACCAGAAGAAGAUGAAAAUCAGGAAAGACAAAUUGUGCUGUAUGAGAAGGAUAUUUCAACUUCAGGGCAAAUCACGACCAGUUGACAUGAGCUUGAACCCGUUCCCACAAUGGUCUUGGUGUGGCUAAUAAGCAUGCCCUUUGAGGCUUGCGAAAUUUCUUUCUACGUGAUUGUGAAACCUUCCUAGUGCCUUAUUUUAUCUCUUUCCUGGAAAUACAUGUAUGUAGUGGAUUUUAUUUUUAGUUGGGUUGAUUUUGAAGUUAGUGAAACUUUUUUGGUAUGUAUUUAUUUAUGUGCUAUUUUAGUUUUUGAUAAAA